AUGACUUAAAGAAUUAGAUCAUAUAGCUUUGUCAAAAAGAAUUUGGAUGGAUCUGGUUUAGUUAAGGAAAAUUCAAUCCUAAAAGAUAAGGUCCAUAAGAUGAAAUUUUUGGUAGAAGAUAAUUUAGAUAUUUUAAUCAAUGAGCUUGAUCAAGAUUUGAAGUAAAAUGCAUCAAUUACUGAUAUGUCUAAUGUGUUUCUAAUUAUCUAAUAAAAUAUAGAGAGGUGGAAAAAUCAAAUCAACACUUUGAAAAAUAAUACAAAAAUUUUAGAGGCCCAAUUAGAAAGACUAAAGGAAGAUGAAGAACAAAUGAAAAUCCAAACAUUAAAUGAUAUUAACAUAAUAUCUGAAAAAAAAUAAUAAUAAAUAAUUGAUAAAGAUAAUGUAAUAGUUACAUUAAAUUAAUAAGUGAAAGAUUUAUAGAAUUAAAUAGAAAUAAAUAAGUCUAAGUUAUAAGACUAAAUUCUACAUGGAGAAGAAUUAAUGAAGUAACACUAGUAGCAAUUAAUACAAAGAGUUGCAUAAUUAGAUAAUGAAAUUAUUUAAAUUAAAUAACAACAUUAGUUUGAAACCUAAGCUGUAAUGCAUAAUCAUGAGAAAGAUCGAAAGUUUUUCAAGGAAGAAUUAGAUAAUUAAAUUAGUUUAAUAGAACAAAAAUAUAAAAAAUAUUAUUUGGAAAAUUAAUAAUUCUAAGAGAAGUAUCAAAAAUAAGUGCAAUAAAUUAAGUAGCUUAAAUAGCAAAGGGAUAAUUUUGAAAAGUAAUUAGAUUAAUAAAACCAAAAAAUUAAAUCGUAUAUUGAAGAACUGGCAAGUGAAAGAAAAAAUAAAGCAAAAGAAAAUAAGCAAUUAUAGGAACAAUAAGAAUUGAUUAAUCAAUUGUAAAAUAAAAUACUAAUUGAAGAAAAGCGCCAAUAAAGAUUAAAAGAGCAGAUUCAACAAUUAUAAGAUUAAAAUUAAGCACUUUUGCAGAAACAUAACCUUGAAAUUAACCAAUCUAAUUCUCAUAUUGCAUAAUUAAAAAGAGAAAUAGAAUACAAGGACAUAUACAUAAUUAAUUAAUAGUCUAAUUUUACUUAGCAAAUCUUGAUUCAAAAAGUAAAAUAUGAAAAUAUUCUCGGAAAUCCUGUAACUAUCGAAGGAGAAUCGUAAGAAUAACUAACUAAAGAGUUUUCUCAACAAUAUGAUGACGAAGUGUAGAUCUAAUAUGUUAAAGGCUUGGAACAAGAGAUUAAAAGACAAUAAGGUAUAAUCUUAGAAAAAAGUUAAUAAAAUGCUGAUUUAUAAGUUAAAUUUUAAAAGCUUUAAUAAAGUCUAAUAUAAUAAAUUGAACAAAAAGUAAAAGAAACACAAUAUGAAUGUAAACUAUAGUUCAAUAAAAUGCAAUAGGAAUACGAAAAUCAAAGAGAAAAAAUGUUAUCAGAACAUUCUUAUAAAAUUAAUCUUUUAUAAUAACAACUCUCAUAUGAAGUUGAUAAAUUUAAGUGCGAAUUGAAGGAACUUUAACAAAAAAUAGAACUAUUAAAUAAAUAGAUAUAAGAAAAGGAAUAAAUAAUAAUUUAUUUAUCAGAAUAACUAUAAUAAAAUAAAGAGUAAUAAUCUAAAGAUAAAACUUUAGCUGAAGCCAAUAUCAAUAACCUUCAGAUAGCCUAAAAAUAAUAGGUCGAAUAGUUAGAAAAAAUACAUUAAUAAAAACUAAAUGAUAUAAUUUCAUAAUUAAAUUUAUAAACAAGUUAAAAUGAGCAACUAAACUAAUAGUAUUCAUAAUUGUUAAAAAAUAAUUAAGAAUUAAGAAAUGAAUCUAAAGAGCAAAAAUAAUCUAUUUAGUAAUAUAAAAUAUAAUGUGAUAAGUUAUCGAAAGAAUUAUAAAUUUAAUGGGAUAUUGCAAAAAGUCUUAAUGAUAGAAUAAGGUAAAUGCAGGUUGAAUUAGAAAAUGCUAAAUAAACUUAUAAUAUUUUUACAAAAACUACUCGAAUUCCUGCUGUUAUGAGCAGUGAGAUAAGAUUGUCAAAGUUGAGGACUUCGCCAAUGAACCGUAAAUUGCGAUCGAUAUCAAAUACUAGAUUAUAAUAAUUAUAAAAUUUAUGA